UUCUGAAUCCAUUGCGCACCUGCUGUCGAAUUUCUGAAACUUGAGAACCACAAAAAGUUGGGCUUGAGGCCUUGGGCUGUUCCUUCUCGGCGUGGUUUGCUUGUUCUGCUACACUUGUAAGAGAAACCGACCGUGCCCCGUCCGGUUUGCUACGCUACGCUGUCCCUUAGAGUCCUUUUCGCGAUGGCGAGCACCGACACGGCGGAGGAGCAGGCGCCGGCGACGCUCGACGGCUACGAGCUGCGGGAGCGCCUGGGCGGGCGCCCGCCGUCCACGGCGGUGUGGCGCGCAGUGUCGCGGGCGACCGGCGCGCCCGUGGCCGUGAAGCAGGUGCGACUGGCCAGCCUCCCCGCCCGCCUCCGCGACAGCCUCGACUGCGAAGUCCGCUUCCUCGCCGCCGUCAGCCACCCUAACAUCAUCCGCCUCAUCGAUGUCAUCCAGACCCAGAGCUGCCUGUACCUCGUCCUGGAGCUGUGCGAGGGAGGGGACCUGGCGGCCUACAUCGAGCGCAACGGGAUGGUAGAGGAGCGCGUGGCCAGAAAUUUCAUGAAACAAAUCGGAGCUGGUUUACAAGUGCUGCGCCAGCACAACGUCGUCCACCGGGACUUGAAACCUCAGGUCCAGGGAGUGAAUCCUCUUUUCUUAUCUGUGUGUUCCUAACUGAGGUCAAUCAAC